AUGGCUCUUACCGCAAUUAUUACAGGAGCUACGGGCGGAAUUGGUCGAUCCAUAGCGCUUCGUCUUGUCAGUCAGGGCUAUUCGGUUGGUAUCAAUGAUAUUCCAGAAACUUCACAAAAGAUUGAUGCCUUCGUAUAUGAGCUGAACAGCGCAGCUCAUAUUCCUGCCAGCCUUGCAGCGGGCUCACCAACGAAGAGACCCCGUGCUCUAGCCAUUCCUGGUGAUGUGUCGUCUGCUACUGAUGUUGCAUCAAUGGUCUCAAAAACUGUUUCCAACCUGGGGCCUUUGACACUGAUGAUCGCCAAUGCGGGAAUCGCACCUGUGAAUCCUAUGCUUCAAACAAAGAAGGCGGACAUUGAAAGUGUGUUCGCAGUCAACGUUGGCGGUGUUUUCAACUGUUAUGCCGAGGCUGCUCGACAAAUGAUUGCACAGGGAGAUCCUAAAAAUGUAGCCGGCAUCGAAAAGUACAAGCUUCUCGGUGCUGCAUCGAUAGCAGCAUUCCGAGCAUUCCCCGCAUGUGGCAUAUAUUCUGCCAGCAAGUUUGCAGUACGAGGUUUGACACAGUCAAUGGCUAGCGAGAUGGCCCCCCACAAUAUAACCGUCAACGCAUAUGCCCCUGGGAUUGUGGGUACAUCGAUGUGGGAGAAGGUUGACGAAGCCUUGGGAAAAAUCGAGGGCCGUGCCAAGGAGAAAGCCUAG